UUUUGAAAUAUUAUUCAAGAGUCACAAUGAUAAAUAAUAAUUAUGAGACAGUAUUCUUUUUUUAAAAAUAAAAACAAAAGUGUUUGAAAAAGUGAUAAUAAUUAUGGAUACGAUUAAUAUUAAAUCUAAUUCUGAAAGUGGAAGUAGUUCAAAACAUUUGACUUUUGGAGUUGAUCGAAUAUUAUCAAAUGAAAUCUUUUUAAAAAAAUCAGAUUAUCUGAGUCCGGUGACAGUUCAUUUUUUUCCACCAGAAUCAAAAUCGUGUAACGGAAAUUGUUUAAAGUGUGAUGCCAUUCGCGGCUGUAUUCCAUGUCCUUAUUCGUCGAGUUUUAUGCAAGGCUCAAUUGCAUUUACAAAUUCCAAUCAUUUUCAUAAUUCACUCGAAAAUUAUGCUAGUAUUUAUAGACCAUCCCCCGUACGACCAAUACCAAGACUUCCAAUAGUUUCCAAUAGUACAAAUAUUUCCAAUGUAAAGGAUGUUGGCAGUAGAAGGAAACGAUCCUGGUCCAGAGCAGUAUUUAGUUCAUUGCAAAGAAAAGGAUUAGAAAGAAGAUUUUCUCUUCAAAAAUAUAUAACAAAACCCGAUCGACGACAAUUAGCAGCAACUUUAGGCCUCACGGAUGCACAAGUGAAAGUUUGGUUUCAAAAUCGAAGAAUGAAAUGGCGCCAUACAAAAGAAGAAACGCCAACAAUAACAAAACCAUCAGAAUCAGUGGAAAAUAAAAAUUCUUCAAAAAAAUCACCUAAAAAUGAUAUGAAAGAAAAAAAUUUUAUAAGACAUGAUGAAGAACAUGAAAAAUCGACAUUUGACACGUACUCGAAAGUGUGAAAAAGAAAAUAUAUUGUAAAAUUAUAGUCCUAUAAUGAUAAAUUUUAUAAUAAUUAUUAUAUUUAUAUUAUUGUCAUAUAUUUUUAUUGUUUAUUUAUACAGUAUAUUUCUUCCGGUAUAUGCGACGGAAAAAUAUUAUAAUUCUAUAGAUACACAACACACGUAGUUUACCUUGAGACUUAGCCUUUUAUAAACUAUAAUAUGCAAAUUUUGAUUAGGACUAAUAUGGAAAUCUGAAAAAAAAAUAUGACGUUUUGAUAUACGGUUUAAUUAUUUUUUUUUUUUUUUUACAUUUAUUUCGAUACUCAGAAUUAUUGUUCCAUUUUUAUAUUUAUAUAUUAAAAAAAAAGAAAA